CCAUAUUCCGUCUUUACAUCCACACAUCUGCACAUCAAAAAUUCCGUCCCAAGAUUCUCCAAAAUGGCCUCUUCAAUCGACCCUGUCCAGCUCGAUCAGAAGAUGGCGGAGCUGAUUGACGCCUUCGAGUCACACCCCCAAGUGCAACCGCCAAACCCCCACCCAACAGCCUUCUUUCUCCUCGACUUCGUUCGCAAUUCUCACAGAAUGCUGAAGACUGUUGACGCCGCCAAGUACGCUGCAGGCGACAGCAGCGCUCAGGAAACCGUCAAGGAAGUCGUCGGCCGCAACCAGUUCGCCAACCUGCUGCUCAACGAUUCGUCCGGCAAAUUGUCGCUUAUGACCGGCGGCGACCCGUCGAACCCAGUCGACUUCGGUCCUGACAUCAAGGCCAAGGCUGACGCUCUGAACUAAACGGGCAAAUGACCGAC